AUGGCUUCCAGUUCCAUGACUGAGAGAGCCACAAGCUGUAGCACUGGAUCAAAUGUAGACCCUUUGUUAACUAGACACGAGUCGAUUGAAAUUCAUCCAGUGGACAAUAUCAAAGUUGACCUGAAUGAGGAGGGAACAGUUAGAAGAUGGACAGUAGGCACAAAAAAUGUGAAGCCAAAUAAAACAGUGUUACUCAUGGGAGCGACUGGAGUGGGAAAAUCAACUCUCAUCAACUUUAUUGCCAAUUACAUCCUUGGGGUCAAUUGGGAGGACAACAAAAGAUUCCAAUUAAUCCCAGAUGAAAAAAAGAGUCAAACUGCAUCUCAAACUACUGCCAUCACUGUGUAUGAAAUCUUUGGCCAUGAAGGGGACCGUGUUCCUUUUUCACUUACAAUCAUCGACACUCCAGGAUUUGGAGACACAAAUGGGAUUGAACAAGAUCAACUCAUUACUAAAAACCUUCAAGAAUUGUUUGAGUCAAAAGAUGGAGUGCACCAAAUUGAUGCAGUGUGUUUUGUUGUUAGAGAGGAUGAGGUUCGUCUCACCCUCACCCAGCUCUACAUAUUUGAGUCCAUCCUUUCCAUAUUUGGAAAAGACAUUGAAAAAAACAUCCUGGCACUCAUCACAUUUGCAAGCAGAGGCAAUCAUCCUCCCCCUGCUCUUAAAGCCAUUAAGGAAGCUGGGAUUCCAUGUUCAAAAGAGAAACUGAAAUUCAACAUUACAUCUUUCACAAACAGAUCAGCUGAUCCACACAUAAUAACAAAUAAUAAAAGAAAUUGGGCAAUGGGAGAGAAAAGCAUGAUGAAGUUCAUCAACUUACUAACAACGCUGGAAACAAGAAGCUUGCAGCUGACCCAAGAGGUGCUAGAGGAACGCAAACAUCUUGAGGCUUGUAUUGAUGGGAUAGAAGAUCAGCUGAAGAUAACCCUUGACAAACAGAUCGAACUUAAAGAAAUUCAAAAAGUCUUGAAAGAAAACAAGGAAAUGAUAGAGGUUGAAAAAGAUUUUGAAUUUGUGGUCACCACUAAUGAGUUUGUAAGGGUUGAAUCUGAAAAGAUGGCAACCAACUGCAAUAACUGUGGAAUGACUUGUCAUCUAAGGUGUCCAUUAGCCCCACAGAAGCUGUUAUUUCUUUGUGAUGCCAUGAGAAACCGGCAUUGUAAAAUUUGCCCUGGCAAAUGUUCCUGGAAAGAUCAUAUAAAAGAAAAGGUGGUAUUCCAAAUUACUCCCAAAGUUGUGAAGAAAACAUACAAUGAUCUAAAAUUAGAGUAUGGACAGGGUCUAGGUGGAACAAUCACAGCAGAGGAUAUGAAGGAGAAGAUUCAGUCUGAGAUACAAGAAGCAGAAGACAAAGGAAACGAACUGCUGGAGACUUCAUACAAAUGUGUAGCAAGACUAGAGGAGAUUGCACUAAGGCCCAAUCCAUUGACAGCAGAGGAAUACAUUGAUCUUCUGAUUCAUCGAGAGACAGAAAAUAUCAACAGGGUAAAGAAACUUCAGGAAAUGAAGGCAAAAGCUCUGCUGAUAUCUUCAAUGACAAAGGAAAAACUUGAACAAGGCACGGGAUGGGUUCUUAAAAAAAUGAAAGGAUGGACAUUGCAUGAUUAGCUAUACAAACCAGUAAGAGUGUGUAAGGACGGAUAAAAUCAGCUGGCCCAGCACAUUGUCUGUUGUCAGGCAAUCACGAUAGAGAACCGAUUCAAAACUAUCUGGAGUCAGCAAGAAGCGUUUGACAGAAGAGGUCCUCAAACAAAGCUGACAUAGACACUGAGUGCACAAAACAUUAGGAUCAUCUGCUCUUUCCAUGACAUAGACUGACCAGGUGAAUCUUGCUAU